AGAUGAAGCAGUUAGUGUUUUUCUAUGGGAGGCAAUUAUUAUUACUUUAUAAUAAUAUACUUGUUUUAAACGGGAAGAGAGCUAAUACGAGUCAAGGUUGACCCCGUUGGUUUCCGUCUGCAUUACCCUUCUCCAUUCAUCGCCCUCUGCUUUGGCGCUAAGCAAAAGUUAACCCGCCUGAUUGAACCGUUAACUCCCAGUUCGCUCCUUUCUCUCACAACUUAUUUGCAAUUCUUCUUAAAUCAAUGCACCUGGAGUUGGAGACCUGGACAGUUUUGGUUGCCAUUUUGUGUGUCGUGGGUUUUGUUCUGAAGGAGUCGCUCAUGGGAGGUAAGAGCUCGAAAGAGGAGUAUCGGAGACGCGUGUCGUCUUAUGGCUCUGCGUCUUCUUGUUCAAGAUGGGAUGGCUAUGGAUAUCCGCAAUCACCACACCCUCCACAAAAUCCAUACUACACGCCUCAACAUUCAAGCGCACCCGCUCCAUUCUACGAAUACGGGUCACAGACGUCUCAGCCUAGUAGGAGGUUGGAUAGGAGAUACUCAAGAAUAGCUGAUGAUUAUCGCUCUCUUGACGAGGUUACUGCGGCUCUUGCACAUGCUGGCCUGGAAUCUUCUAAUCUCAUUGUUGGCAUUGAUUUUACCAAGAGUAAUGAGUGGACAGGAAAGUUAUCAUUCAACCGGAAGAGUUUACAUAACAUUGGAAGUGGGCAUAAUCCUUAUGAGCAAGCGAUCUCAAUUAUUGGGAAAACUUUGUCUGCUUUUGAUGAAGAUAACUUGAUUCCUUGUUUUGGAUUUGGAGACGCGUCAACACACGAUCAAGAUGUCUUUAGUUUCUAUUCUGAAGAGAGAUACUGCAAUGGGUUUGAAGAAGUUUUGACAAGAUAUAGAGAAAUUGUUCCUCGUCUCCGGCUAGCAGGACCAACUUCAUUUGCCCCUAUCAUUGAGAUGGCUAUGACUAUAGUUGAGCAAAGCGGUGGCCAAUAUCAUGUUUUGCUCAUAAUUGCUGAUGGGCAGGUGACCCGAAGCGUUGACACACAGAGUGGCCAAUUAAGUCCACAGGAACAAAAAACAAUUGAUGCAAUUGUGAAAGCAAGUGAAUAUCCCCUAUCAAUAGUUUUAGUGGGAGUGGGAGAUGGACCAUGGGAUAUGAUGAAGGAAUUUGAUGACAACAUCCCUGCUCGGACCUUCGAUAAUUUUCAGUUUGUGAAUUUCACUGAAAUAAUGUCAAGGAAUGUGAGUUCAGCCAGAAAAGAGACAGAGUUUGCUCUUUCAGCUUUGAUGGAGAUACCUUCCCAAUACAAGGCAACCGUAGAGCUGGGCUUACUCGGGGCACGAAAUGGAUACUCACCAGAUAGGGUUCCUUUACCCCCACCUCUUUAUGAUAGGACUUCUUCUAGCACCGGUACAAAAUCUUAUCGCUCUGGUAGUUUUCAGCAGAGAGCACCUCAAUAUACUGGAUAUGAUACUGGAGUUAGCGCAGGACCGUCCUCCAGCUCUUUGUACGAUAAUAAGGUCUGUCCAAUUUGUCUCACUAACCCGAAAGAUAUGGCAUUUGGUUGUGGGCAUCAGACUUGUUGUGACUGUGGAGAAGGCCUUGAACUCUGCCCCAUAUGCCGGAGCACAAUCCAAACCAGAAUAAGGCUUUUCUAGUUUGCGUUACUGCAAACCUACUCUUCCAGUGGCAAUUGCAUUUGGAUGCUUGGCAAGUGGAAGUGGCACUGAACUAGUGAGUUAGCUAUGAAAACAUCGGUUGUGAGAUAACCUGUAUUGUGUCCGCACGAUAAUUAGGCCAUAAAGUGAUUCUCGGAUUCUCGUGGGGCCUUGGAAAGCAGAGAGACAUAGGCGUUGGUCUUUAACUUGAUGGAUAUGUUUCUUGCUUUAAAUGCAAAACUGAAUUUGCAAUAUUGAGGCACGAAGAGUAUGUUAGAUAUCCACGUAUGCCGGAUGCUGGCCAUGUCCACUGUACAUACGUGAGUCGUUUCGGCCUCAUGGAGUCUACUUGUCUUAAAAUCGUUUCGGCUUGUGGGAACAACGUGAAUGAUGGUUUUGUCGUUUUGGUGUCA